AUGCUAGAUUCCGUUGUAUCACCUCGACGUCGUAGCGACUGUGCAUUCGGACGGGAGAUCGGCAGUAGUAGCAGCAUCGCUAAUGUCAGACGGAAGCGCAACACCGCAUUACCUGCUACUGAGGACAAUGCUGUAUCCGAGAUAUUCAGGAAUCGCGACGAUAAGGAUAAUUCAAAUGAAGCCAAACAAAAUUCAUUUAAAGCUGACGAGUGGGUGUGGGUAACGGCAGAUACGCGUAUACCGUAUGACGCUAUCGAGACAUUCUGUCGUAAGUCCAGCGAGUUUUGCCCACCAGGAUUGCCUGGACUACCUGGAAUAAGUGGACCUCCUGGUUCAAAGGGCGACCACGGUUUACCGGGUAUCCAAGGAGGACCCGGAAUGCCAGGACCAAGAGGACCGCCAGGACCCAUAGGACCCAGGGGAGAACCAGGGCUCGAUGGGGUUGACGGUAUUCCUGGAGAGCCUGGAUUGGAUGGACUUCCUGGACGCAGCGGGAACGAUGGCGUACCAGGGAAAGAUGGUAAGCCAGGAUUGAAUGGCACUCCUGGAGCACCUGGCCGUAACGGCACGGACGGGCGUCAUGGUUAUCAAGGACCACAGGGCCCACAAGGACCUCCAGGAAUUCCAGGUAAAAUGGGCUUACGUGGUCCAUCCGGGCAGGAUGGCAGACCCGGUGCUCCGAGUAUUGUCGCCUAUGCACCUUUUAGGAAUAGUUCCAGCACUUCUAUCAUCGACACUAGCGACGUACUCGUCCCACCUUCCAUCGCUGGUAGCUCGCAAAUUCAAUUUGUUGUUGCGGAAGAGGGAGUGAACAUACGACUCGAAUGUUACGCAGCUGGUAAGCCUAGUCCAAUUAUUCAAUGGCACAGGCCCGAUGGUUUGCCCAUCCACACUGAAAACUGGUAUGCCUCAGCAAUUUACGGAAAUUCCUUAAAUUUAUCAUCUGUGCAUAGAGAUGACAUGGGAAAUUACACCUGCACGGCAGACAAUGGCAUACCACCCAGUUCCAAUAAGAGAUAUAAACUGAAUGUGAAAUUCGAGCCAUUGAUACGAGUUCGCGUGCCAGUGGUGCGUGUGCGAAGUCACGGCAACGUCGUGUUGGACUGUGAAGUUGAAGCGUAUCCUAAACCAGAACUGCACUGGGAGAAUAAAGAUGGCAGACUCGAUAGCAAGCCGGAGAAAUACAGAUUUCAGGAGGAGGAAUAUAGAAGGGAUUACAAGUUCAGAAUGAAACUAAAAAUCAGUAAAAUAAGUACAUUCGACUAUGGCUUUUAUUACUGUAUCGCAAGAAAUGCAAUAAACAUUACAAGAGGGGUAAUAAUAAUAAAAGAUACAAAUGAGAAAAUAACAGAGUCCAAAGGUACAGUUAUUUUCGGUAAGCUUCCGCCUCCUCGUCCACAAUAUAGAAAUCUUUGUCCUCCAGUGUUAAAAUGUGACAGUUGUCCGCGGGCGAAUUGUGGAUACACGGGUGUCGAGGCGAAACCAAUGGCCGGCAUUAAUUUUACGGGGAUGCCAACUAGAAUUGCCGACGGUAUGAUCGGUGCGGUGGGAAUACCCGUUUUCAAGGGUCAGAUGGACGAUCUCUAUGGUGUAUGGAUGCAGGACGCGUCACCAAAGAGCGACACAAUGGCAGGAAAACUUUGGGUGACCCGUAGCACCGACACUUCACAUAUCUACGAGUAUGCCGAUAUCGAUGACUAUACGCAGAGAAAAAUUCUACGGAAUAUCAAGCUACCUUAUCCAUUUCAAGGAAAUGGUCACCUCGUAAAUGAUGGCUACUUUUUUUACAAUCCAUACAAUAGAUCAUCGAUAAUUCGAUUAGAUCUGACACACUCCGAGGGCACGAUGUAUGCCUAUGGACGUCUGGAAAUGGAACUGCCAGGAUUGCGUGUCAAUACGGGCAAUUAUCUCUACACACCAAAUCAUAAUUUCAAUUAUGUUGAUUUUGAUGUCGAUGAAAAUGGCUUGUGGGCAAUUUACGGCACAAUAUCGAAUGGCACAGUUGUGAUGAAGGUUGACCCAGACACAAUGACAGCUCAGUAUGCCUGGGAUAUUACCAUUGAUCAUCAUAAAUAUGGUGAAAUGUUCAUAGCUCGUGGUGUUCUCUAUGCGGUACAUAGUGUCAUCGAUGCAACUAUGAAUAUAAGUUUAGCAGUUGAUCUUUAUCAGGGUAAACAUUUAAGCAUUAGUUUAUCCUUUUUAAGCGCUUAUCAGAAGGUGACAAUGCUUAGAUAUAAUAGUACGACGAAAGAAUUAUGCGCUUGGGAUAAAGGAUCAUUAUUGGCCUACCAGGUUCGGUUCUAAAGGACUUUUAAAGAUUAGUCGUAGGACACUGCCCACGCAAAUACCAAUGAUCACCAAUGAUAAUUAUGACUUAAAGCAUAUGCAUCAGGCUGCUCCCCAACAUCAAGGCAGUUAUACAGACACGUUUAAGACGUUCUAUCUUUAAUUUAAUUAAAUUUUUAU